GCCACAUUGACUUACGGCAUCCGUCUUUUAUUAUUGUCCGUAAUGGGCGGAGCGACUCUUGUUCGACUCUCUCCCUGGUAACGGAACAAACGGUUCGUUCGGCUCCGCCCUAGUGCUCCAUCUACCUUCUCAUCAAUUAGAAAACGACCUCUGAAAUACACCGACCUACACAAAAUAUAUUUGCGGUGUAAAGAUGCAGUCGGAAGAUGCCAGAUACUUAAAGAGGAAAGUGAAAGGAGGAAACAUAGAUGUACAUCCGAGCGAAAAAGCGCUUGUGGUUCACUACGAAGUUGAAGCCACCAUCCUUGGAGAGAUGGGAGAUCCCAUGCUUGGUGAGCGUAAGGGGUGCCAAAAAAUUAUCCGUCUGAAAAGCCUCAAUGCCAACACGGACAUUUCUUCUUUAGCACGGAAGGUAGUAGAAGAAUGUAAACUCAUCCAUCCAUCUAAGUUGGCAGAGGUGGAGCAGCUGCUUUACUAUCUUCAGAACAGGCGUGAUGGACUGUCUGGUAAAGAAAAGAAAGAGAAAAAGUCCACUAAGCCAAAAGAUCCACCACCUUUUGAAGGAAUGGAGAUUGAUGAGGUAGCUAAUAUUAAUGACAUGGAUGAGUACAUUGAAAUGCUGUAUGAAGAUAUUGCUGAUAAGGUGCGAGGCUCAGCUCUAAUCCUUCAGCUCGCACGUAACCCUGACAAUUUGGAAGAAUUGCUACUUAACGAGACAGCCCUGGGGGCUCUAGCCAGAGUUCUAAGAGAAGACUGGAAGCAGAGUGUGGAACUUGCCACUAAUAUAAUUUAUAUAUUUUUUUGCUUCUCCAGUUUUUCUCAGUUUCAUGGGUUGAUCACACAUUACAAGAUUGGUGCACUCUGUAUGAACAUCAUCGAUCACGAGUUAAAAAGACAUGAACUCUGGCAAGAAGAGUUAUCCAAGAAAAAGAAAGCAGUCGAUGAAGACCCAGAUAAUCAGACUGUGAAAAAAGAAUAUGAGAAGACAUAUAAAAAAUACCAGGGCCUACUUGUUAAACAAGAACAGCUUCUACGAGUUGCCUUAUAUUUAUUGCUGAACCUCGCAGAGGACACUCGUACUGAACUAAAGAUGAGAAACAAAAACAUUGUACACAUGUUGGUAAAGGCCCUGGACCGUGAAAACUUUGACCUUCUCAUCCUUGUUGUGUCCUUUCUUAAGAAGCUGAGCAUCUUUAUGGAAAACAAGAAUGAUAUGGCUGAAAUGGAUGUCAUUGAAAAAUUGUCCAAGCUUGUGCCAUGCGAGCACGAAGACUUGCUGAACAUAACCUUGCGGCUUCUUCUAAAUCUUUCUUUUGACACUGGCCUACGGAACAAAAUGGUGCAAGUUGGACUUCUCCCAAAGCUUACUGUGCUCUUAGAUAAUGAAAACUACAAGCAGAUUGUUAUGUGCAUUCUUUACCAUAUCAGCAUGGAUGACCGAUUUAAAUCGAUGUUUGCUUACACAGACUGCAUACCCCAAUUAAUGAAGAUGCUGUUUGAGUGCCCUGAAGAGCGCAUCGAUCUUGAGCUGAUUUCUUUCUGCAUUAAUCUCGCUGCCAAUAAGAGGAAUGCCCAGCUAAUAUGUGAAGGAAAUGGGCUGAAGAUGCUUAUGAAAAAAGCCUUGAAAUUUAAGGAUCCCUUGCUAAUGAAGAUGAUUCGGAAUAUUUCCCAGCAUGAUGGGGCAACAAAAAAUUUGUUUAUUGAUUAUGUUGGGGAUUUAGCUGCUCAGAUUACAGACAUUGAAGAAGAAGAAUUCGUUAUAGAAUGCCUUGGAACUCUAGCAAAUCUUACCAUUAGUGAUCUGGACUGGGAACUUGUUCUCAAAGAAUACAAACUUGUGCAAUACCUGAAGGACAAACUUAAGCCAGGAUCAGCAGAAGACGACCUGGUUCUUGAAGUGGUUAUAAUGAUUGGAACAGUGUCUACAGACGACUCUUGUGCUGCUUUACUGGCAAAAUCUGGAAUUAUUCCUGCUCUGAUUGAGCUUUUGAAUGCUCAGCAAGAAGAUGAUGAAUUUGUGUGCCAAAUUGUAUAUGUCUUCUACCAAAUGGUUUUCCACCAGGCUACCAGAGAUGUCAUCAUAAAGGAAACCCAGGCUCCUGCUUAUCUUAUAGACCUAAUGCAUGAUAAGAAUUCAGAGAUCAGAAAAGUAUGUGAUAACACCCUUGAUAUUAUAGCGGAAUACGAUGAGGAAUGGGCAAAGAAGAUACAAAGUGAAAAAUUCCGCUGGCACAACUCUCAGUGGUUAGAGAUGGUGGAAAGCCGUCAAAUGGAUGAAAGUGAACAGUAUCUUUAUGGAGAUGAACCUAUUGAGCCAUUUAUCCAUGAAGGAGAUAUCCUGGAAAGACCUGAUCUAUAUUAUAGUGCAGAAGGCCUGAUGACAUCUGAAGGCGCUGUGAGUCCAGACUUCUUUAAUGAAUAUAACAUUCAAAAUGGAGAUCUUGGGGAGUCAUCCUUUGGCAGCCGAAUUGGUGUUGAUGGCUUUGGACAGCCUACUGGAAUACCAGGUCGACCAUCAACAGCUUAUGGCUACAGACCGGAUGAACAAUAUUAUUAUGGCUUUGGUGCAAGAUAAAACCAAACAUGAUUCCUAAAUUAUCUUAUAUUAUUAUCUUAAAUUAGGAUAAUGUUUAUGUGUAGCCAGUUUCACAGAUAACACGGGGAACAAGCAUGCUUCUAAACAUUACUGCUAUUAUGGACUUUAAUAAUAAUUUAAUGGAGAACCUCCACAUGAAAUCACAUUAUGUAGAAACAAGAA